CCCCUCUCUCAUCGUAUUUCAUACGAGCAUGUCCGCCAUGGACAUCGCAAACCUCAUCACAUCCGACGUUGCUUCAGACUCUGGUUAUGGCGGUUCCGUGGCUGGUGGCAACUCGUCUCCUGGUCACGGAUCUCCUGAUUUCGUGGGUGUGGAUGAUCUGGCGGAGGAUCAAGUUAGUAGGUUACAGCUUCAGCAUCAGCAGGCGUUGUUGUAUGCGGAUAAUCGUUCGAGUUUGUUGAGGAGUUUGGGGCAGAUGAAGAGUCUCUUGAAGAGCUUGAAGGAGUGGAACGAGAAGACGCCGGUUUAUUAUCCAGCGCCGAAGCAUUCAUCGACGGCUGAGGAGGCUACUGCGAGGCCCUCGGUGGCUCAUACGCAGUCUGCUUAUGGAACAGAUGAUUCGGAGAUUCAUACGGCACCGCGUCCGAGUUUGACGCGUCGUUCGCAAACAACGAUCCCCGCCAACCGUACAGACGAGAUCGCCUCGCACCCUCUCCUUUCCGACACCUUCCAGAUCCUCAAGCUCGACCUCAAGCUUGGUCACGCUAAGAACUCCGACGAUCUUUCCGAAUCUCUCGACUCCAAGGCUCUCUCUCAACUUCUUUCCUCCCUCCUUCAUAAAUCAACACACCAUAUCUCUAACCUCGCUGCUCGUAUCGAAGACACAGCGAGUAAGGUCCUGGUCACCGGUGACCUGAAUGCAGGAAAGUCGACACUCGUGAAUGCCUUGCUGAGGAGACAUGUCUUGCCCGAGGACCAACAGCCGUGUACGAACACCUUUUGCGAGGUAUUGGAUGCGAGGGAGAACGCUGGUGUCGAGGAAGUUCACGGAGUCCUUUUCGGAACGACUUACGAUCGCCAUGAUGAGCGUACGUAUGCAGUUCACGCGUUGAAGGAACUUGAGGACUUGGCUAUGGACGAGACGCCGAAAUACUCCCAACUCAAGGUUUACGUCGAUGAUGGGCGUACAAUCGAUAAAUCUCUCCUCCGUAACGGUGUCGUUGACAUCGCACUCAUUGAUGCACCCGGGUUGAACAUCGACUCUAUCUCUACGCACGCACUUUUCGCGCGCCAGGAGGAGAUCGACGUCGUCGUCUUUGUCGUGAGCGCGGAGAACCACUUCACUCUUUCUGCCAAGGAAUUCAUCUGGAAUGCUGCCCAUGAAAAGGCAUACAUCUUCAUCGUCGUGAACCGUUUCGACAAUAUCCGCGAUAAGGCAAGGUGUAAGCGCAUGAUCUUGGAUCAGCUCAGCAGUCUCUCCCCGAGGACGCGUGCCGAUGCGGACGAGUUGGUCCAUUUCGUGUCGGCCGGAUCGGUCAACACUGGUGAAGGCGGCGAGAAGUUGAGGGAUUUUGAGCACCUUGAAAGGAGUUUGAGGCAGUUCGUUUUGGAGAAGAGGGCGAAGUCGAAGUUGGCUCCCGCCAAGACGUAUCUUCUGAAUCUGAGUCAUGAUGUCGCGAUGUUAGCAGAGGCGAACAUUAGCAAGAACCAGAACGAGUUAUCGAAGGCGAAGAAGGAGUUGGAUGCUAUCCGUCCUGCGUAUGAGAAGAUUAGGAAGGUCAAGAGGGAGGUUGCUGAGGAGAUCGAGCAUAACCAGGAGGAGGUCCUCAACUCGGUCGCUUUGUACACGAAGAAGGCUUUGUCUUCUGCGCUGAAUACGUUGGAUACCGUCGUUGCGGACUACGAAGGUUUGUGGAGUAUCUUCAGUUACUGGUACCGUACCCGCGACGAGAUGUGCGCAUGUCUCCAGCGCGAGGAAGGUUUCUGUGAAGAUUUCGCCCGCGGUCAAUGCGCAGCCGGAAUCGAAUUCAUUGUACAACUCGGCAACACCCACCUCGGAACCGAAUACGGCGCAGCAGCGAAACGUACAAUCUUCCGACCUGAAGCGAUGUUCAUGCCGAAAAAGAAGCCGCAUCCGACGGUCAAGGAACGUGUACAGGGGUCUGUUGGAUUUGAGUGGUCUGACUUUGUGGAUUGGGAGGUUCAGGAGAAGUACACGACUGCUUCAUUGGGCUUGAGUUCUGUGGCUGUCGUUGUUGGAAAGUAUGUUGGGUUGAAGACGCUUACGGACGCGGCGUGGAAAGCGAGCAGUUUUGCAAGUUUGAGGGAUGUAAGACGUAUGGCCCCUUGGGUCGUCGUCUUUGCUAUUGGAUCUACGGCGUUUUUCAUCGUGAAGGACGUGCAACGCGCUGUACCCUUCAACCUCGCUCGCAAGAUGAGGCGUUCGUUGGCCGAGGGUGAGUAUGUUUACGCUACUUCUGACCGUAUUGUCAAAGAGUCCAGGAAGGUGUUGAGUAUGCCUGAAGAAGAGUUGAGGGGAAUGUUUGCGAAGGCUGUGGAGAAGAGUGCGGGAGAGAAGGAGAAGUGGGAGAGUGUGUUGAAGGGGGCGGAGGAGGGGUACAAAUUCUUCCAAGGAUUGGGAGGACAGGUUGGGAGGGUGAAGAAAAUGGUUGAGAGUUAUGAUCUGGAGGGGAAGGGGCUGAAGAUCUAAGGGGGAACGUGGAAGGAGGAGGAUGAAAGCAUGUGUGAUACUGGUUAUCGUUUUCGUGAAAGUGUGUCUUUUGGAUU